AUGACCAUCUCGGAGCAACUUUGUCAUGAUUUGGAAGAUGCGGCUAACCGCAUGCGAAUUUCUUCGAUUGAGAUGACUUGUGCCAGCAAGAGCGGACAUCCAACAUCUUCGACUUCUGCUGCCGAAAUUAUGUCAACUCUCUUCUUCUCUGAAAUGAAGUAUGACAUUGCUGAGCCAAAGUCUGCUUCUGCCGAUCGUUUCAUUCUCUCUAAAGGUCACGCUUGCCCAAUUCUGUACGCUGCAUGGGAAGAAGCCGGUCUUCUAUCCCACGAGCAAGUCCUUUCUCUCCGUAAAAUCGACUCUGACAUAGAAGGUCACCCAACUCCCCGUCUGAACUUCAUCGAUGUUGCCACUGGAUCUCUCGGACAAGGACUUGGAGUUGCUACCGGAAUGGCUUACGUCGGAAAGUACAUCGACAAGGCCAGCUACAGAGUUUUCUGUCUUUUGGGAGAUGGAGAAUCUGCUGAAGGAUCUGUCUGGGAAGCUGCUUCUUUUGCCUCCAUCUACAAGCUUGACAAUCUCGUGGCUAUUGUUGAUGUCAACAGACUCGGACAAAGUCAAGCCACUGCUCUUGGACACGAUGUCGAGACCUACAAGGCUAGAUUUGCUGCUUUCGGAUUCAACGCUAUUAUCGUCGAUGGUCAUAAUGUUGAUGAGCUUAUUGCUGCCUACGAGAAUGCUCGUAACACCAAGGAUAAGCCAACUGCUAUCAUUGCCAAAACAUUCAAGGGAAAGGGAAUCGAAGGCAUUGAGAACGAGGACAACUGGCACGGAAAGCCAGUUCCAGCUGAAACGAUCGACGCCAUCAAAGCACGUUUCCAUGGAAGCCAAAAAGGAAAGCUUGUUGCCCAGAAGCCAAUCAACGAUGCUCCAGCUAUCGAUCUCCAUGUCGGAUCCACAAAGAUGCCAGCUCCAGAAUACAAAAAGGGAGACAAGGUUGCCACAAGAGCUGCUUACGGUACCGCUCUCGCUAAGCUCGGAGAUGUGAACCCACGUGUCAUUGGACUCGAUGGUGAUACCAAGAACUCAACAUUCUCUGAGAAGCUUCUCAAGAAGCACCCAGAUCAAUUCAUUGAAUGCUUCAUCGCCGAACAGAACCUUGUUGGAGUUGCAGUCGGAGCUCAGUGCCGUGACCGUACCAUCCCGUUCACUAGCACAUUCGCUGCUUUCUUCACUCGUGCCACCGAUCAAAUUCGUAUGGCAGCGGUGUCCUUCGCUAACCUGAAGUGCGUCGGUUCCCACGUUGGAGUUUCCAUCGGAGAAGACGGCCCAAGUCAGAUGGCUCUCGAAGAUCUCGCUAUUUUCCGCACAAUCCCUGGAGCUACUGUAUUCUACCCAACUGACGCUGUCUCGGCCGAGAGAGCAACUGAGCUUGCUGCCAACACCAAGGGAAUUGUGUUCAUCCGUACUGGACGUCCAGCACUUCCAGUCCUUUAUGAUAACGAAGAGCCAUUCCAUAUUGGACAGGCCAAGGUUGUCAAGCAAUCUGCUGAAGACAAGGUUGUCCUCGUCGGAUCAGGAGUCACUUUGUACGAGUCUUUGAAGGCUGCUGAGGAACUCGAGAAAGAAGGUAUCCACGCCACCGUUAUUGAUCCAUUCACCAUCAAGCCAUUGGACGGAAAGACUAUUGCUGAGCACGCUCUCAGAGUUGGAGGUCGUGUUGUCACCACUGAGGAUCACUACGCUGCCGGAGGAAUCGGAGAGGCUGUAUCAGCCGCUCUUGCUGAUUACCCAACCAUCCGUGUUCGUUCGUUGUACGUCAAGGAAGUUCCACGUUCCGGACCACCAGAUGCUCUUGUCGACAUGUACGGAAUCUCCGCUCGUCACAUCGUCGCCGCCGUCAAGAACUUCCAAUAA